AUGGCAGAGUCAGCGUUCGCCGUCGAGUCGCCCUUCAUGGACUCGAUGUCACCCUCACCCGCUCCCGAGAUCCCUCGCCUGACCAUAUCGCCGGCAGACACCACCCUCAAGUUCGAGGACGUCGCCGCGGACGUCGAGAUGGCCAAGGUCGACGGCCCCAAGCCCGCUGAGAAGAAGCCGGUCAAGAAGCGCAAGUCGUGGGGCCAGGAGCUGCCUACCCCAAAGACCAACCUCCCUCCCAGAAAACGAGCAAAGACGGAAGACGAAAAGGAACAGCGGCGGAUAGAGCGUGUCCUGCGCAACCGAGCGGCCGCCCAGAUCUCCCGGGAGCGCAAGCGGCUGGAGAUCGAGAAGCUCGAGGGCGAGAAGCUCAAGAUCGAGCAGCAAAACGAGUUCCUCCUCCGCCGUCUCUCACAGAUGGAAGAGGAGAACAACCGGCUCAACCAGCAGGUGGCGAAGCUCGCGUCAGAGAUACAGACGUCCAAGUCGAGACCCGGAAGCCCUUCAAACAACUCUGCCUCAGGUAGUGCAGUCAACGCCGCCUCGACAUCGCCCACCCUCGCUCCCGUACUGUUCAAGCAGGAAAAUGACCUGCUAUCGGUCGACAAGAUGGAUAGCAUCCCCUUCACCACCUCAGACCACUCCAACGCCGCCAUCAUCACCCCAACUUCCACCAUCAAUACCUCCGCCAACGCCCAGAGCUUCUCACCCUCUGUCCUGGCCCUUCCCUCGACUGGCUUCGAACACUCCUCCGCCUCCGCCUCCGAUAUGACACAACAUCCUGCAGCGGUGUUCCUCAACCUCGACCUACCUCUCCUUCAUGAACAUGAUCAUGUUCACCCUCCCCCUCUAUCAGACGCUGACCUCAGCCGCUUAUUCGACGCUGAUUCAGCCAGCGAGCCUGAUCUUUCUUUCCUUGAAGACGGGCUCUCCCUUGACCUUCUCCCCGGCUCAGAUCUCGGCCCUUUUACCUUUGAUUCUCUGGUUGAUCUCGGUCCCGACGAACAACAACAACUCCACCACCAACAACAACAACAACACAUCGACAACGAGUUCGACGACUCGAUCGGUUUUCCGGAGCAGACUCCUCUCCCGGCUUCUAGCUUGCAGCCCAGCUUUGGCGCGUCCCUUGAGAGAUGCGACGAGCAGGGAAUUGCAGCUGGCGCUGAGUGA